AUGUCCACCAUGCACUUCUCCACUACCCUUCUCGCUUCUUUCCUCGCUCUUGUCGCUGCUGCUCCAAGCAACCCGAAGUACCUGACCUUCCCCAUCACCAGGCACCACAAUGACUCUGACUUUGUGCAGCAGCACCACCAUCUGCUGACCCGUCAGGCCCCCAUACCCGUCGACAUCCUCAACAAAGGAGCAUACUAUUCAAUUGCCCUUAAUCUGGGUACUCCUGCCCAGGACUUCAACCUGCUACUGGAUACUGGAUCCUCCGAUCUGUGGGUCUACAACAUUACUGACACCACUGACUGCAACAACAACCAGUGUGAUGUCACCGGUCAGUUUGAUGGGUCCGCGUCCUCCACCUACAACUUCCUCAGCGAUGACUACUUCAUCCAGUACGUGUCUGGAAACGCCUCUGGAAACUGGGGAACCGACACUCUUACUCUCGGAAGUGUUUCACUAACAGACUUCCAGUUUGCCUGCGCCAGCAACGCUGCCGGAAACACCGGUAUACUGGGUAUCUCAGUCCAGGGUCAGGAGUCUGUCGGACGGUACGGAUCGGAGUACCCCAACUUCCCCGUUGCCCUGCAGAACGCCGGAUACAUUGAUCGACAGGUCUACUCUCUGUACUUGAACAACGCCGACUCUUCUGACGGAACAUUCCUCAUUGGUGGUAUCGACACAGCCAAAUACAGUGGAAGUCUCACAGUUCUACCACUUACCCAACAGGAUGCUCUCCAGAUCUCCUACAACAGCAUCACCUACGAUGGUGCUCAGGUCGGAGGCUCAGGUCAGGCUGUUCUCGACUCUGGAACUUCCCUUACUUACAUCCCCGAUGCUGCUUACCAGGCCCUGGCCACCAAGCUGGGUCUCUCUUCUUCCCCCGACCCUAUCAGCGGUCUCAUUGACAUUCCCUGCGACUCAGACGUGUCUGUCGAGUUUAACUUCGACGGAGUGAUCAUCACUGCCACUUCCGAGCAGAUUGUUCUUUCCACUGGAGGUUCUACCUGUGGCUUUGGAAUCCAGUCCAACGCCAACUCUCAGGGAAACACCCUCUUUGGUGACACCUUCCUGAGAAAUGCCUAUGUGGUCUACGAUCUCCAGGACUCCCAAAUUGGUCUUGCCCAGGCCGUCUACACCUCUGCCUCUAACAUCCAGGCUCAAAAUGGCCCUCUCUCCAACUAG